AUGCUCUCUCGGCGAGCGAGACUCCUUUCUUACGCAAGACGAUAUCCCUAUCACAUCCCGUGCCCCGGGACUGCAUGCAGAGAAGCCAACCGGUGGAAGCCAUCACGCAAGCUCUCUGGCCGUACACCAGCAGCAAAGAAGGAACCUCCUGACUUUGCCUUCGCCUUCGAUAUCGAUGGCGUACUACUCCGCUCCGCUACCCCGAUCCCUGGCGCCUCUCAGUCUCUCGCCUACCUGCAACAGCAACAGAUCCCUUUCAUCCUGCUCACCAACGGGGGCGGCAAACAUGAAUCUCAGCGCGUCUCUGACCUCUCGCGCUCCCUCUCCCUCACCACACCGCUAACCACACAAAAUUUCAUACAAUCCCACACCCCAUAUGCCGACUUCCUCCAUAAUUCCUCCUCUGGUGCUGGUCUCUCAGCACACUCCACCAUCCUCGUCAUCGGCGGCUCAGGUAACCAAUGCCGUUCCGUAGCUGAAAGUUACGGCUUCAAAUCCGUCAUUACUCCAGCCGACAUUUUCACCUCUUACCCCGAGAUCUGGCCCUUCUCCUCUGUCUUCGACUCAUACUAUUCCUCUUUCGCGCGACCUCUCCCUAAACCCAUAAACCCCACAUCUCCCUCUUCAAGUCUCAAAAUUGACGCAGUCCUCAUCUUCCACGAUCCCCGAGAUUGGGCUCUUGACACGCAGCUGGUCCUCGACCUUCUGCUCUCUGAUUCCGGCAUCCUGGGCACUGUAUCCUCUAGGAACGGAGAUAAGGAUUUGCCGAAUAACGGGUAUCAGCAGCACGAUCAGCCGCCGCUGUAUUUCAGUAAUCCGGAUCUGCUCUGGGCGGCAGGGUGGCACCUACCGCGUCUGGGACAGGGAGGCUUUAUCCAUUCACUUGAGGGCAUCUGGCGGCGCCUCACCCACGGCGCGGAGCUGAGAAGGACUGUGAUUGGGAAGCCGUCGGCUCUGACUUACGAGUUCGCGGAGAAAAGGCUGGACAGGUAUAGACGGGAUCUCAUCUGCCAAACGAUGGGGUCCGAGAUGGCAACACCUGGGACAAUAAGAGAUUUGAAGAAAGUCUACAUGGUAGGCGAUAAUCCUGAGAGUGAUAUCAUGGGGGCGAAUAAUCAUAAAUCGCAACGGGGGACGGAGUGGGUAAGUGUGCUGGUUAAGACGGGCGUCUUUAGGGAGGGGGAGAGUAGGUAUGACUUCGGGAAGAGACCAGAGCUCAAACCAAGAAUCAUCGUCGAGAAUGUACGGGCUGCUGUUGACUGGGCGCUAAGGAAAGAGGAGUGGGAGGGGAGGGUGGAGUGA